AGCAAACAUGGCGACAGGACAGGACAGGAAGGCUGGUAGUAUCUCGGACGUGGAUCUCUUACUGCACCCCGAGCUGUUAUCUCAGGAUUUUAUGCAAAUGAUUUUAAACGAGAAAAAGGUCAGUACCAGAGAUUGCACGAGUCGGGACCGGCUCACAGAGCUUUACCUACACCAUGUCAUCCCGCUACCGCAGAGGACUUUACCCAACAGCCGCUGGGGCCAGAGGGUGCAGAAGACCCGGGGGACACCGACCAUGGCCGGCCACCGGGCAGACAGUACUGGUAACGACCACAAUAGGAAAAGGCCUCUGAUCGUGUUUGAUGGCAGCUCUUCUCACUCUGGCCUGCUAAAAGUGAAGAAACCAGAGGGGUCAACAGGAAUCACUGACCGAUUAAAGCCUCCUCCAGCUGCAAACUUGUCCAACCCCAUCCGCAAGCUAUCUGGCAACACAUCUUCCUCCUCCUCAUCCAUCCAGAUGUCUGCGUGCAACAAUGACACAGCAAACCUCAAAAGAGAAGCAAACAGCUCGGGUCUGAAGUCUCCAGAAGUGAAGAAAAAGAUCCAGCAUGUGACAUGGCCCUGACCUCUGACCCCUGUUCACAUAGACCUGAUGAGAGCUUAAGUGCUGGCAGACUGAUCACUCCCCUCCCAUCAAUGAACACCAAACGUUGUUGCCCACUACCUUUGCUCUCCUUUUCACAGUUAACCCAUUAAUUGCAUCCCAAAAGGGAUGGAAAUUAUUUAAACUGUGUGUAAAGGCCGCCUCUCUGCUCUCGUUCAGUUUUGAGGUUGGACAGGAUAGAGUGGUGCUCCGAAGAUCGCCCUGCGUUUGAAGACACAAGCUUCCUUGUUGCUGUCGACAACAUCAAGUGCCCUUAUAUCAAUAAUCAGCAACUAUCUGCUAGUCCCACACACAGAGAUCAUCUAUAGGACAAACCGACUCAGAUGAAAUUGGGGCUGUUCCUAUUUGUUUCUGUUCACUGGUCGAUUCAUGUGAUAGGGUCUUGCGCACUGGUUUGCAAGGGUGACACGGUGAGUUUCUUGCUUGGGUUUUAUUUAAAAUGUUGAAAUUGAUAGAUUUAUCACUUUAGUGGACAGAUUGAUUUUUGCAAUCUCAUAGUCUUUGACCCUGACUGUCAAAGUGAUGGACACAUCCAAUAGACAUUGUGAAAAAACAAUAUUCUGUUUUUUCUCUGGUACCUUUAAAAAUAAAAAUACAAAUGAUAGUUCCUACUAAAGUGUGUGUGUGUACACUUGAAGUUUUAAACCAGAAGGAGGUGUGUCAUUUUUGUUCUCAGUGAGCUUCAUUCCACUGAGGUUUGGCUUUAUUCAAACCUCUGUCCUGUGUCAUAAGUUAUUCUGGGUUUUUAAAUAUUAGUGUGUUGUGCUAUUGUACAUAUAUUGCACAUAAUGUGGAAAUGAUUUUAUUAUUCAGCUGGAUCAUAAUCCACUACUACAGUAAGUAGCUAUUUUGACACAGGAAACAAAUAACUUAAAUUCAUUUGUUUGAAUAUUGCCUUUUUAUAAUUCAGACAUAAGAAAGGGAAUAUGGACUAGAAAGAGAAAAUGGUCUUUUUGAAGUAAAUUUAUUCGCAUUUGUGGAUAAAUAGACUUUGCAGGUCUGUCUUUUGAAACUGUUGAGUUCAUUGAAAACAAAGGGACAUGAUUCACAAAUCAUUUUGAAUUGCCAAUGUCAUGUUUGUACCAACAGUUUUUAAAAAAAUAAAUUAUCUCAAUACAGAUAAUCACUGUUGUUGA